AUGCCAGAGCUGUUUUCAAAGGGCGCUGUUAUUUCGAAGAAAGGCUUCAAGAAAGCUGUCACUAAGACUCAAAAAAAGGAAGGGAAGAAGCGCAAGAGAAGCAGGAAAGAGAGCUACUCUAUUUACAUCUAUAAGGUGCUGAAGCAGGUUCAUCCUGAUACUGGCAUUUCUUCCAAAGCCAUGAGCAUUAUGAACUCUUUUGUCACGGACAUCUUCGAGCGCAUCGCGGGGGAGGCGUCUCGCCUGGCGCAUUACAACAAGCGCUCGACCAUCACGUCGCGGGAGAUCCAGACGGCCGUGCGCCUGCUGCUGCCCGGGGAGCUGGCCAAGCACGCCGUGUCCGAGGGCACCAAAGCGGUUACCAAAUAUACAAGCUCUAAGUAA